AUGGAUGGUAAAAAUAAGAGUAGAGGAAGGAGAAAGGGUGCUCCUUUUCACUCGAACACUACUACACCUCGUUGCCCUAUUUCAAAGCGUGUUGGGGAAGGAAAACUUAUCUGCAGUGGUUGCAAAUACGAGUUUGUAUUACCUACAAUUUCAAAUGCAUACCGUUGCUACAAAUGUGAAAAAGUAAGCAAUUCACCUUCUUUAGCUUCUGAGCAAUCAACCAAACAACGUGGAUCUUUCAAACGAGAUCAUCAACCGAAUGAUUAUAACAAUAACACAAAUGGAGCUUCACCCAGAAGAUUAUCUCCAUCCUCUACUUCUUCCUUCUCCUUCUCCACCCCAGGUCACAAGCGCGCAGUUUUAUGCGGUGUUACAUACAGGAAAAGGACAUUCAAGCUCGAAGGAACCAUUAACGAUGUUGAUACCAUGAUAACUCUACUGCGUGAUAAAUUUAAAUUCCCAAAUGAGUGCAUACGUGUCCUCACAGGUAUCUCCUUCAGUCCUUGUCUAAUUGAAGAAGAGCAGGACCCCAAUUUAAUUCCAACAAAGAAGAACAUACUGGAUUCCUUAAACUGGCUCGUGAGUGACUGCCAGUCAGAGGGCUCAUUAGUGUUCUACUUCUCUGGACAUGGUUUUCAACAACCAGAACAACAGAAAGGAGAUGAAAUUGACGGGCUUGAUGAAACUCUUUGUCCUGUUGAUUUUCUGAGAGAGGGAAUGAUCACUGACAACGAAAUAAAUUCUAUCAUUGUUCAACCACUCAAGAAAGGUGUCACACUUCAUGCUAUUAUUGAUGCUUGUCAUAGUGGAACAACACUUGAUCUUGUGUAUCUGUGGAAAAAAGAAAAAAGCAACUGGAAAUGUGAAGAACACAGACCACCCCAUUGUAAGGAAAAACAAACAAGUGGUGGAGUUGCUAUUUGCCUCAGUGCUUGUGAAGAUAGUCAGAUGGCUGUUGAUACCGCAGGUUUUGAUGGAAAAUAUAACGGUAUUAUGACCUAUCUUUUCUCAAAAAUAAUCAGAGGGCAUCCUCAAAUAACAUAUGCCAUUUUACUAGAAAAGAUACAUGAGGAAAUUGAACAGAUUCGCCAAAGCAAAUUACAUAACUGCUUCUUGAGACGUAUUUUCCAUCGUAAAAUCGACCAGGUCCCUAUUUUAUCAUCAUCAGAGAAAUUUGAUAUUACUACAAGAAAAUUUAAAUUGUGA